UCGGUGGUCUUUGCACUUGAAAUAAACUUGAUGAAAGCAUUAAUGCCAUCUACUGAAUUCAAUUACUUUUUUUAUUAUUAUUUCCUUUAACAUACAGUUUAGACAUAUCUGCAUGGGUAAUGGAUGCAUCUCAGCAGCAAAUCUGCAGUUAUUAACUUCCUGAUAUUUAUGCUAUACCAUAUUCACGUCAGACUCUGAAGCGAUUAACAACUAUUUAAAGCGUGGUUAAUACAGCCUGGUAGGUGCAAUUGAGCGCUCUAAUACAUUGCACUCAUGCAUAUGACAACAAGUGUGUAUGGGCUUUCAGGAAGCGAAUCUCCUUUCAUAUGGUUUGCUCAUGCAAGAGAAUUGAGAAACACUGUUCAUCACGAAUGAGCUGAAAAUGUCUCGCAUCUAAAAAUUAGCUUGAGUUUUGUGUGACUAUCUUUUUAACCUGUGGAUCAAGCAUCAUAGUAGGCAGCCAGGAAUCAUUUUGAGCUCAAGCUCUUACUUCUGUUGACAAUCCUGUGGUUUUCUGUAAGGCUUAGUUUCGAAUUUCAACGUUAACCUACUCGCCGCCGUAAGUAACCUCACGUGAUGAAGUUAGCUAGCUAAUUACGUUACUGUGACUAACGAUAGCUCGCGUAGCUAACUUAAACUAGUUUUAUGGAUAUUUGUGUUAAGUUAAUAUUUUGUUGGCAAAAUGCUUGUAGUUACUAAAAACAUCUUGAAAAUUCGCAAGGGAACCUAGGAUUACGUUAAAUAGUUGUUUACUGACUCCUUGACAUAAACGUCGUGGGCUGCUAGCUAGCUGGUGUAGUUGUCAUGAUUUACCUGCCACAAUUUACGGUUUGUACAUUAGAUUGCUAGCGUAGCUGUCUAUUAUUCUGAGUUAGCAUACCUGAAUAUAAGUAUUGGACGGCGUUUGCUCCGCCACCCUCGUUCCAUAGUAAUUGUGACUCUAUGCAAAGUGAGCUCAGAGACCGCACUUUGAUACUAUCAGCUGAUCUGAUAUGGUAUCGCUAGCAUUUUAAUUGAGAUAUCAUGUUUAAUUGACUCCCUUGUUAGACAGAUUGGUUUAACACAAAGUUCACUCCGUAAUCUUCUUUGGUGAGCGCGGUUGUCAAUGACCCAGGCUCUCAGAUAAUGUGAUUAGGACAACGUUUUACAAAUCUGUUGAUGCAACGUUAACGUUUGACGUGAAUUGGCUAGUAUAGGCAACCAGCUAAAUCAAUAUAUUUUUGGUUGCCUAUUUCCUUCAAGUUUUAGUGUGGAUAUUAUGCGUUUUAGUUUGCAUCCUAGGCGUAUGGUAUGAAGUAGGAAGCUUCAGAAUAGGCAGCGUUCUUAAUAUAACUGAGGAACGUUAGAUGGCAGCAUCAAGAGGCUUAUGAAUGUGAUGCUGAAGAACAAUGAGACUUGCAACAGUCAAAAUGUUCUGCAUGGGGCCAAUUUCCACCUAGCCAACGAGUCUCCGCCAGUCUCCGAAAAUGAUUCGAGGGGUAGCUAUCAACGGUUUUAGCUAACAUAUUGGCUUGCACAUGUCGUUUCAAGAAGUUCAGUUACGCCAUAACUGCAUUAUUACUAAGUAACCACUGUACAGACCCAGACAUAGUCAGCUCUGUGCUUAUGGCGGAGUUUGCAGAAAACUGCGGGUUAUCUUCGUCGGCUCAUGGUGAGAAGGCUACCGUAUCCAGUGAUGAAACAGACGGGAAAGGGCAGUGCGAAGUAUCGGUCUCAAACGGAGACUGUGGGUUACCGUCAGACAUGGUCGUUUCUGCCAUACCUGACAGCGAGGGACUGGAAACGGCAAACACCUCUGUGUUGGAUGCCAAAUCUGGAAUACCUCGGCGGACCAGUAUUAUCAAGGAUGGCACAAGGCAGCGGAAGGAGAGGAAGAAAACAGUCUCCUUCAGCAGCAUGCCUACGGAGAAGAAGAUCAGCAGUGCCAGUGACUGCAUCAAUGCGAUGGUAGAAGGGUCUGAGUUGAGGAAGGUGCGAUCCAACUCUCGCGUGUACCACCGCUACUUCCUCCUGGACGCCGACAUGCAGUCCCUCCGAUGGGAGCCCUCCAAGAAGGAGUCUGACAAGGCCAAGAUCGACAUAAAAUCCAUCAAAGAGGUGCGAACUGGCAAGAACACGGACACCUUCAGAACCAACGGUGUUUCGGAUCAGAUAUCGGAGGAUUGUGCAUUCUCGAUCAUCUAUGGAGAGAACUAUGAAUCCUUGGACUUGGUAGCAAAUUCUGCAGAUGUGGCCAAUAUUUGGGUGACUGGGCUUAGGUAUCUGAUCUCAUAUGGGAAACACACCCUGGACAUGAUUGAAAGCAGCCAGAACAACUUGCGCACAUCCUGGCUUAGUGAACUCUUUGAGGAAGCUGAUGUCAAUGGCAGCAAACACCUAGGGUUGUGUACUGCUGUGCAGCUGAUCAAAAACUUAAACCCUGGACUCAAAAAUGUGAAGAUUGAGCUGAAGUUCAAAGAAUUGAACAAAUUAAAUGAAAAGAUUGGAUGUGAAGUGAGUCUGGAAGAGUUCACUGAGGUUUUUCAUGACCUUUGCACGAGACCAGAAAUUUACUUUUUGCUUGUCCAGUUCUCUAGCAACAAGGAAUUCCUAGAUACUAAAGAUUUAAUGAUGUUUUUGGAGGCAGAGCAAGGCAUGGCCCAAGUUAGUGAAGACACCAGUCUGGAGGUCAUACAGAACUAUGAACCCUCCAAAGAGGGGCAACAAAAAGGCUGGCUCUCCCUCGAUGGAUUCACCCAUUACCUCAUGUCGCCCGACUGCCACAUUUUUGACCCAGAACAAAAGACUGUUUGGCAAGAUAUGAACCAGCCACUGUCUCACUACUACAUUAAUGCAUCCCACAAUACCUACCUGAUUGAGGAUCAAUUCAGGGGACCCUCUGACAUCACAGGUUAUAUCCGCGCCCUAAAGAUGGGCUGCCGGAGUGUAGAGCUGGAUGUUUGGGACGGGUCCGACAAUGAGCCAGUCAUUUACACAGGCCAUACAAUGACCUCACAGAUCGUCUUCCGCAGUGUCAUAGACGUCGUUAACAAAUACGCAUUUGUUGCUUCAGAGUACCCUCUGAUACUCUGUUUGGAAAACCACUGUUCCUUAAAACAACAGAGGGUCAUGUUUCAACACCUCAAAAAAAUACUGGGAGAUAAACUGUACACAGAUUCCCCCAAACAUGAGGACAGUUACCUACCCUCUCCCUCAGCCCUAGUAGGCAGAAUUCUUCUGAAGGGUAAGAAGUUGCCCCCAUCGUGCACAAGUUCAGAGGGCGAAGUGACUGAUGAGGAUGAAGGGGCUGAAAUGUCCCAGAGAAUGAGCAUUAGUGAGGGUGAGCAGCAAACAGUUGCCCUGCCCAAGAAGCUUCAGCUCUCCAAAGACCUCUCGGACCUGGUGACUUUUUGUAAAUCCAUUGAGUUCAAAGACUUCCCAGCUGCGUUUCAGAACCAGAAGCAUUGGGAGCUUUGCUCCUUCAAUGAAGUCUUUGCUGGCCGAUGUGCCACGGACUUCCCCGGUGACUUUGUCAACUACAACAAGAAAUUUCUGUCUCGGGUGUACCCUAGUCCAAUGCGUAUAGACUCCAGCAAUAUGAACCCUCAGGACUUCUGGAAGUGUGGCUGCCAGAUAGUAGCCAUGAAUUACCAAACCCCUGGUCUAAUGAUGGACCUGAACAUUGGCUGGUUCAGACAGAAUGGUAAUUGUGGCUAUGUUCUGCGGCCAGCAAUUAUGAGGGAACAGGUGUCUUAUUUCAGUGCCAAUACUAAAGAUUCAGUGCCCGGUGUUUCUCCCCAACUCUUGCACAUAAAGAUCAUCAGUGGACAGAACUUCCCUAAACCUAAGGGCUCGGGUUCCAAAGGGGACGUCGUGGACCCGUACAUAUAUGUGGAGAUACAUGGCAUUCCGGCAGACUGCGCUGAGCAAAGGACUAAAACUGUCAAUCAGAAUGGGGACAACCCCCUUUUUGAUGAGAGUUUUGAGUUUCAGAUCAACCUCCCGGAGCUGGCAAUGGUACGGUUCGUGGUUUUGGAUGAUGACUACAUUGGGGACGAGUUCAUUGGCCAAUACACCAUUCCGUUUGAAUGCCUGCAGCCUGGCUACCGGCACAUUCCACUUCAGUCUCUUACAGGAGAGGUCCUCCCUCAUGCCUGGCUGUUUGUGCAUGUGGCCAUAACUAACCGCCGAGGUGGGGGCAAGCCCCACAAGAGAGGCCUGUCAGUAAGAAAGGCUAAGAGGAGUCGAGAGUAUGCCACCAUGAGGAUAUUGGCCAUAAAGGCUGUGGACGAUGUCUUCAAGACUGCUACUCUGCCGCUGAGAGAAGCUACAGACCUCAGAGAGAACCUGCAGAAUGCAAUAGUGUCCUUCAAAGAGCUCUGUGGUCUGUCGGCAGUGGCCAACCUCAAGCAGUGCAUACUGGCUCUGUCAUCUCGCCUGACGGGGCCCGACAACGCUCCCGUCCUGCUGUUCAACUUGAAAGACCAGUAUUCCUCCAUGGAGCCCCAGGGUGUUCUCCCAGAGGUCCUGAAGAAGGUGGUCAUGGCCUAUGACACGAUGAUCCAGACCUGCAGAACACUGUUGGAAAAUUCUGAGGGGGUCUAUGAGAGGAUACUCCAAACUCAGAAAGCAGCAAUGGAGUUCCACGAGAACCUACACGACCUGGCCGUGAAGGAGGGGUUAAAGGGGCGAAAGCUGCCCAAGUCUGUGGAGAGCUUCACCUGGAACAUAACCAUCCUCAAGGGCCAGGCUGACCUGCUGAAACACGCCCGCAGCGAGGUGUUGGAGAACCUGAAGCAGAUCCAUUAUGCCGCUCUCACCAGCCAGCUCUGCAAAGGCGGGGGCGUGGGGGGCUCCAGAGGGGGCUCGGCCAGGGGCUCCGAGAACAGGGGCCUCCGCAGCCUGCAGGCCAUCCCCGAGAAGGCGCGCGGAGAGGAAGACAUCACCGACGAGGAGAAAUGACGGGGAAUCCGACGGAGUGAAAGAGAGAGGGAGACAGAGAAACGAUAAAAGAGAGAGCGUGCUCUUCUGUCCUCUUAUUCAUCAGUGUCAGUGCCCCCCCCCCUUCUUCCCGUUCUUCCCACCCACCCACUCAGCGCUUAAGCCCCUCGGAAGCCCAUUCCAGGUUAGGUGGGAGUGCUGCUGGCCGCAAGCAGCAGGAUCUGUCACAGAGCGACGGGGCCCGUGGCGUGUACAGCAGAGCCCUCAUGAAACCCCCUCCGCGCCAUGAUUUCAUGGGAGAGGAAAAAGCACAAAACAGAGGGGAUUUGAGAUAGGAGAGGUGGCAAACAGGAACAGUGAAUGUACUAGAAAGCUGAGUGAGGAGAGAGCUGUUUACAAAUGAAAUGAUGAACUACUUCAUGUUCUUUCUGCCAUAGUAGUAUGCGAGUCUGGGGGUGUGCGCGCGUGCGUGUGUUUGUCUGUGUGUGUGUGUGUGUGUGGGGGUGUGUGUGUGUGUGUGUGUGUGUGUGUGUCUGCGUGCGUCUGCGUGCGUGUGUCUGUCUGUGUGUGUACAUAACAUGUAUAUGUAUAUGGAGAUACCUGUUACCUUUUUUGGAAAUGUGCAUCAUUUUAUUGGAUAAGAUUUUAUUUUGAUAAAAGAGAGAUUGCUGUCCGAAAAGUGGAUAUUUUAUUUGUCUGUACAGAAGGACUCAAGGAAGUGUGAGGGGGCUGGACAUAUUUGAAAAAGUUUAUUCCGUUAAGUGACCCUUGACCUUUGAUGGUAUUGAGAAGCGAUCUGUUCAGCCGUUGAAACAGAUAUUGGAGAAUGUGGGGGUUAAAGAUGGCCGAGAGUUUCUAGACCCCCCAACCAGCAGCCAUUGUGAAAAGGGGCCAAGGCUGGGGCCUCUUCAAUGCUUCAAAACAAGGUUCUCCCAUUUGCUGUUGGUCCUUGGAGAUGCUCUAUACUUAAAGAUUAAGAGUGAUAGGUGUAUAUGCUUCUAAGUCAUUCCCGAGGGAAAUAAAAGUAACCCUAUUUAUUGAUACUGUUAAACGAAACAAAAAUGAAAAAUGAAAAACAAUAGUGCCUCGUUGCUAAAGUUUCCAAUUUUGCCUCCAAAAGGCAAGAGGAAGGGUUUGGGAAAGAAAGGGGAUCUGUUCUCUGUGUCUCUCCUUCUCUCCUUCUCACUGAUGCUCAGCGUACCUUGUAACGCCAAAUGCCUCCUCUGUCCAGUUUGCUUCUAGUUCCAUUCUUGUGACUGCACGUCCUCCGGUUCCCUUGGGUUUGUUUCUGCCGUGACGACUUGCUGUGGGGCCUAUAGUGAACAGUGUCUUACCUCCAUUUAUUCUCACUGCUCAGAAGCAGAAACUGGAAAAGUCUAAGAAAAAAAAAAAGAAGGAAAAAAAAUACAUUUCAGUGCUGUGACAAUUGGUGUAUUUAUAACUGUAGUUAACUGUUUAUACUGCUGGGGGUUAGCUUUUAAUCAGACAACCAGGUUUUGUUCUAAUCUGUUAACACCCAAGAGCUCAGAAAUAAACAAUGUC